AGGUUGAUUCAGCUCUCGUUGACAUGGCAACAACAGAUAGCACAGCAGGCUUGGAUGACGUCAAGAGUGGAUCAGCAGGGGGUUCUGCCAACACUGUUUCCACCUGGCGAGGAGGAAGCUGUGAGAAGUUUGGAGAGGAAACCGGGAGGCAGGACAAAGGUGUGAAAGUGUUCAGGUGUGAGGAGUGUGACAAGCAGUUUGGUUGUCUUAGUGCUCUGAAGACACACAUGCGGACUCACAACGGGGAGAAACCCUACAGGUGUGGGGAGUGCAGCAAGCAGUUCAGUGUGCUGUGUAAUCUGAAGAGACACAUGCGGAAUCACACAGGUGAGAAACCCUACAUGUGUGGGGAGUGCAGCAGGCAGUUCAGUCAGCUGGAGCAUCUGAAGACUCACAUGCAGACUCACACAGGUGAGAAAUCCUACAUGUGUGGGGAGUGCAGCAAGCAGUUCGGAAUGCUGGGUGAUCUAAAGAAGCACAUCAGAACUCAUACUGGUGAGAAACCCUGCAGAUGUGAGGAGUGCGGCAGGCAGUUUAGUCAGCUGAGUAAUCUGAAGACUCACAUGCGGACUCAUACAGGAGAGAAGCCCCACAAGUGUGAGAAGUGCAGCAGGCAGUUCAGUCAGCUUGGUAAUCUAAAAAAGCACAUUCGAACUCACAUUGGGGAUUACAGAUUUACAGAGGUUAAUCCAGCUCUCGUAGACAUGGCAACAACAGAUAGCACAGCAGGCUUGGAUGACGUCAAGAGUGGAUCAGCAGGGGGUUCUGCCAACACUGUUUCCACCUGGCAAGGAGGAAGCUGUGAGGAGUUUGGAGAGGAAACCGGGAGGCAGGACAAAGGUGUGAAAGUGUUCAGGUGUGAGGAGUGUGCCAAGCUGUUUGGUUGUCUUAGUGCUCUGAAGACACACAUGCGGACUCACACUGGGGAGAAACCCUACAGGUGUGGGGAGUGCAGCAGGCAGUUCAGUGUGCUGUGUAAUCUGAAGAGACACAUGCGGACUCACACAGGUGAGAAACCCUACAUGUGUGGGGAGUGCAGCAGGCAGUUCAGUGUGCUGUGUAAUCUGAAGAGACACAUGCGGACUCACACAGGUGAGAAACCCUACAUGUGCGGGGAGUGCAGCAGGCAGUUCAGUGUGCUGUGUAAUCUGAAGACUCACAUGCAGACUCACACAGGUGAGAAAUCCUACAUGUGUGGGGAGUGCAGCAAGCAGUUCGGAAUGCUGGGUGAUCUAAAGAAGCACAUCAGAACUCAUACUGGUGAGAAACCCUACAGAUGUGAGGAGUGCGGCAGGCAGUUUAGUCAGCUGAGUAAUCUGAAGACUCACAUGCGGACUCACACUGGGGAGAAACCAUACAGGUGUGGGGAGUGCAGCAGGCAGUUCAGUCAGCUGGGUAAUCUAAAAAUGCACAUCCGAACUCACAUUGGGGAGAAACCCUGCAAGUGUGAAUAGUGCAGUAGGCAUUUUACUGAUCUUGGGACUCACACAUGCGGAAAAAACACAUGCGGACGCACACCGAGGAGAAACCCUACAUGUAUGAGGAGUCCGGCAGGCAGUUCAGUUAGCUGUUUAGUUUCAAGAGGCACAUGCAAACACACAAAGGAGCAACCCUAAAGGAGUGAAGACUGUGGGAUGCUUUUUAGGGCCAAAAAUUAUGAUAAAAAGUUUGAUGCGUAUUAUGAAAACUUUUUAGUGUAAGAUAUACCAAAGACACUGCAUGGAGGCUGUGGGAUGAUGUUUAGGGCCACAAGUUAUAAAACUUUUUGACGCAUAAUCUGAGAACCUUUUAGUACAAGAUGUGCAAAGAACCUGCAUGGAGGCAAGAAAGCCAACAGGAUCGAUGUUCACUAGAAGACUAUCACUAGUAUGAUAGUAGUACCACACUAUCAGUUAUCGCAAGUUGUUUGGUUUAGAAUAUCUCUUUUAUUCCUGCAUUUUUAAAAGGGAGUAUCAGAUGAUCGGUUUGGAUUGUAUACAUAACUUAUUCGUGGUAUGUAUUGUUCAUUGCCUUAUGUAUUGUUGCCUUUAUUUUUGCAUAUUAUAUAAUCACUUUGUUUUGAAAACAUUUCUUCUGUUGUAGUGGAUAUAUAUAUUACACAGUCGCCUUA